AUGUUAGGCUACAAUGGAACGGUUAAUGGGUUCUUUAAAGGGAAGCGUGGGCUUAGACAAGGUGACCCUCUAUCACCUUACCUGUUUGUGAUUGCAAUGAAUGUAUUAUCCCACAUGUUGAACAGAGCAGCGGCACAAAGCAGGAUAAAGCUUCACUCCAACUGUCACUCAAUGAAACUGACUCAUCUUUCCUUUGAUGAUGAUCUAUUAAUCUUUAUUGAUGGUUCAAUUGAGUCGGUGCAACAGGUUCUGCAAGUUCUAAAGGAAUUUGAAAUGAGAUCGGGAUUAGCAGUUAGUAUGCAGAAAACAAGUUUUUUUGCAUCAGGCCUUACCAGUGAAGAAGUGGAGACUAUUCAGGCCUCUACAGGUAUGUCUCUUGGCCACCUCCCCUUCCGAUACUUGGGUGUUCCUCUCGACUCCAAGAAGAUCACUCUAGCAAACUGUGAACCUUUGAUCCAACAAGUGAAAGCUCGGUUCAAUAAUUGGUCUGUCAAAUCUCUCUCCUUUGCGGCGAGGUUACUACUCAUCAAGACUGUCAUCUCUGGCAUCACAAACUUCUGGUGCUCCACUUUCAUCCUCCCCAAAGCUUGCAUAGCGCGGAUCAAUUCUCUUUGCAGCAUCUUCCUGUGGAAAGGAAACCUUGAAGGUCAUAACUCGACGAGGGUCUCAUGGGAAACGGUCGUCCUCACAAAAAGGCAAGGAGGCUUGGGAGUAAAAGACCUCAACACUUGGAAUAAAGCUUGUUGUCUUCGACUAAUUUGGUUGCUGUUCUUCCGUCACGACUCGGUCUGGGCUUCAUGGUUCAAAGAAGUUAUCCUCAAAGGAUCGAUCAACAACUACUGGACCACUACUCCAAAACAGUCGUAUUCUUGGUUCACAAACAAACUCCUCAAGCUCAAAGAUACUGUCUUUCCAUUAAUAAAGCUCCGGCUUGAAAAUGGAAUUACAGCAAGGUUUUGGUUUGAUAACUGGACACCGUUCGGUUGCCUCUAUGAUCACUUGCGCGCCUUUCAAACUCGUCUGGGGAUUCCACUAAAUGCCACUGUCUCCUCCCUUUACUACGGUGGAGCAUGGCACCUCCCCUCAGCCAGAACUGAUCGCCAACUAGAACUCCUCUGCUACCUGACAACUGUCCAGCUCACAACAAAUGAAGACUAUUAUGAUUGGAUAAUAGAGGGUAGGACUUCAACAAAAUUCAGAACUGGAGAGAUAUACGCUUACCUCGCUGAAGACAGGCAGGAUGUUCAAUGGCACAGUGCCGUUUGGACCAAGCGAGGGAUCCCGCGUCAUAACUUUCACGCGUGGCUUGUGGUGUUAGAUAGGCUUCCAACGCGUGACAGACUUAUCAGAUGGGGUAUCCAAGUGGAUCACCAGUGCCUCCUCUGCAACUCCUACCCUGAAACGCGUGAUCACAUAUUCGGGAACUGCAACUUCUACCGACAACUUUGGAGCCUUGUUGCAAGGAGGAUUCCUAUCGCUCCUCGGGCAAAUUGGAUGCAGACACUAGAUCAGAUGAUCUCAUUAACUCAACCGACGUCCUCCAGGCUACUCACUCUCCUUGCUUGGCAGGCGACCCUCUACUGGAUCUGGAAUGAAAGGAACUCCCGGUUCCAUGCAAACCUCUUUCGACCAGUUGAUUCUCUGUUUAAGCAGAUUGAUGGCCAAGUAAGGAAUAAGAUUCAGAGCUUUAGAGAGUCAAGCCCUAUCCUAUCCUCUCAGAUGAUUCAGCAGUGGUUUACUCAUCAGUGA